ACCAGAGGGCAUCAGAGCAUGCAUUUUAACACAGGUAGAAAAAGCAAGAGGUCGAGAGAGAGGAGAGAGAGAGAUUCCCCUUUCUUCUCUUCUCCUUCAUUCCACUGAGGAGGAUGGAUAUAUUCAUCUAAUCUAAACAGGGCUGCUGGAGCCAGCAGAGAUCCAGGCAGUGUAGCACCCAGGUCUGACAUCUCUCCUGCUGGGACCCUCUCACUCUGCUCCUCGAGUCCCAUUCGCUUCUGCUCACCAUGAAGCCCUGCUGGGUCCUUUUAACUCUGGCCAUACUCUGGCUGGAGCUCCAAAAUGGUGCCUGCCAGCAGGUCAAUCGUAGGAAGGAGGCGGGAGAGAACCGCAUCAGGCCUGGAGGAAAGCGGGCCAAGGUUCGCUACCCCAAACUGAAGGAGAAGGAGGCAGGAGGAAGAGGGCAGUCCAUCCUGACCCAGGUCCUGGAUAAGGGCCGUUUCCUGAGGCUGGGAGAGAGCGUGAGCCUCAGCCCUGGUAACAACAUAGAGCUGCGUUGUAAAGGCAGUAACAUUGGCUGGUCCUACCCUAUAUACCUGGACACCUACAAUGAUUCCCGACUCAGCAUCAAGAAGAGUGACAAGUACAGCCAGUUUAUCCUGACGUCUCCCUCUGCUGCCGACACAGGGAUGUACAGCUGCUGGGUCACACUGUGUGACGGAUCGGAGUGUCUCAAAGACCCUGACCGCACCUCCAGGACUUAUAUCUACUUCCCAGACAAGGAUGAUCUCUUCGUCCCCUCCACCAUCCACUUUGAGAUUGUCUACCUGCGUCCGGACAGGACUGCUGUUAUCCCAUGUCGUGUGACCAGUCCGCUGGCCAAGGUGUCCCUGCACAGAGAGGUCCCCCCAGAAGAGAUGGAAGUGGACGGGACACUGGUCUCCUACGACCCAACCAAGGGCUUCAUCCUCCAGAAGCCCAGUCCAGAGCACCAGGGAGUGUUUUACUGUAAGGCUGUGACCAAGGCCAUCCCACAGAUCUCCACAAAGUACCAGCUGCUUUACGUGGAGGUGCCCAGUGGCCCACCAUACGUUACCAUUGAAGCGUCCCUUUCCUCUGCGAGGGGAGGAGACAACAUCAACAUCACCUGUACUGUCCUGGGAGAGCCAGAGAUGGACGUCACCUUCACAUGGACCUAUCCUGGCCAGAACCUCCGUCCUGUUAGUGUGCGUGAUUCGUGGAGGCUGAUCAACAGAGGAAUGGGACACACCACCCGCAUCUCCCAGAGCGUCAUAGCCGUUGAUGACCUGGAGACCAUCGACUUUGGAAGAUACAUAUGCAGAGCCAAGAACAAGCGUGGGGAGACCGCUGUGGCCACCAGUGUCCACUCUAACUAGCCACAAAUAACACUUAUAACCUGUAUAGGAAACGUUUCACAUUAGGCCUCUUGCAGCUUGUGUAGAUUUCAACUAUAUGUUUGCCACUUUGCUGAGGUUGAUUGACCAAUAAGGCUAGCACAGGAAGUAUACUAGUUGAGCUAGUAUACUCAAAACCAGUGUCAGUUUGACUAGCUGUUAUCCAGUAAGAAUCUGUGUAAAUAUCCAUUUAGAAAUAUUAAUGUAUCCAGCUUAUGUAGAUGCACAUUUACUCAAUGUCUCGGAGGACAUUAAAGAUAUCUUCAUACAUUUACCUCCUCUGAUGUAUGUAUGGUGAAGCUCUUCCUGGGCACAUAUUUCCCUUCUGUGGGGAAAGACAUUUUACAAUGAAACAAUAUUGGAUGCUUUGUUGGGGGAUUUGAUAAGUCUAAAAGGAAAACCGUAAUGUGAGAGAAGCCUCUGCUCCCUCUCUCUGGUGUGAAGGGGAAGGAAUAGAAACCGUGUGCCCUGCCUCAGUCCUAAUGGACUCCGUAUGUGGAAUGUGAAUUGCAGGCCCAGAUCUUAUUUUAGUCCAGUAUAACACACGUACUGCAUUUCCACCUCUCUCUCUCAACAGAAACGCACUAGGCUGUUGCGGUCUCUUAGAAUGAGCUAUACUGAACAUUUAAAGUGUUGGUUUCAUGAGCUGAAAUAAAAGAUCCCAGAAAUGUUCCAUACA